CAGUCACUGCCAUACACAGCACAGGACAGGAAUGAGAGUGUUACUGGAGGAGGGGUGAGGAGAGAGCGGAAGCAUCAUUUACUAGCAAAAUUCAUCAUGGAAUCAGUGAUCUACGUCUUUACAUAUGUGACAAGUCUGGACCUCUGAAGCGUCUCUACAGAAAAAGUAAACCUCAGACACGGAGUUAACUGGACUGAAGACAUGGAUUUUUAGUUGGAGGACUGACUAUUUUUCUUUUUGGAAAAAAUAAAUACAAAUAAAGCUGGUUUGGGCCUACUGUCUCUAAACAUAUGGGAUUUCAACAGGAGCUUUGUCAAAUCAAAUACCUGGUUAACCUGUUUGGUCUGAACUGUACCACACAAACACAGAGUGGAUCAUGGGACAUCCGCUUAUGAAGACAUCCGAGAUACAAAUGGAGGUUGUGAAUGAAUAAUGGCAGACAAGACUAGUCCCAUGUUAGCCUCUGUGCCAAAUCACUCAGUGACCAAUGCCACCACUGCCCUAUGGGAGCCCAAUCCUACGGUUCCUGCCAAUGUGGGUGUUGUCACAAGCUCCCAGUCACAGAUCAAAGACCUUUUUGGGUUGUUCUGCAUGGUGACCCUUAACCUCAUUGCUUUGUUGGCCAAUACUGGUGUGAUGGUGGCCAUUGCCCGUGCUCCUCACCUGAAGAGGUUUGCUUUUGUGUGUCACCUUUGUGCAGUAGACCUGUUGUGUGCCAUCCUUCUCAUGCCUUUGGGUAUAAUAUCCAGCUCAGCGUUCUUUGGAACUGUGGUGUUUACUGUUCUGGAGUGUCAGGUUUACAUCUUUCUCAAUGUUUUCCUCAUCUGUCUCUCCAUUCUCACCAUCACAGCCAUCAGUGUGGAGCGUUACUUCUAUAUCGUACACCCAAUGCGUUAUGAAGUCAAGAUGACCAUCAACCUCGCUAUUGGUGUCAUGCUAAUAAUCUGGGUUAAGUCAGUCCUCUUAGCUUUGGUCACGCUGUUUGGAUGGCCAGCUUAUGGACAUCAGAGCUCUAUUGCUGCAGCUCACUGCUCUCUCCACGCAAGCCACAGUCGUCUAAGAAGUGUAUUUGCUGUGCUAUUCAGUGUGGUUUGUUUCCUAGUUCCUACAGUGGUUAUCUUUGCUGUUUACUCUGCCGUGUACAAGGUAGCACGUUCUGCAGCCCUGCAGCAAGUCCCUGCUGUGCCAACUUGGGCAAACACAAGCCCUGCUAAGGAUCGCUCAGACUCCAUCAACAGCCAGACCACCAUGAUCACUACCACUCGUACUCUGCCCCAAAGACUAUCUCCAGAGAGGGCAUUCAGUGGAGGAAAGGCUGCCCUUACUUUGGUAUUCAUUGUAGGUCAGUUCUUUGUUUGUUGGUUGCCCUACUUCAUCUUCCACCUGCAAAUGUCUCUGACUGGCUCCAUGCACAGCCCCGGGGACUUAGAGGAGGCAGUCACUUGGCUGGCCUACUCCUCCUUCGCUGUUAACCCAUUCUUCUACGGCCUGUUGAACAGGCAGAUCAGAGAAGAGCUGGUAAAGUUUCGGCGCUGCUGCUUGACCCAGCCAGCGGAGUUUGGAACAUCCAGCCACGAGGGCUCCUUUCAGGAGAACUUCCUCCAGUUCAUCCAGAGAACCAGUAGCACAGCUGAAACCACAUCCAGCUGUGCCAACUCCCGUCCCAGAAACACUAUGGACCAGGGGAUAAAAAUCCCUGGACAAAUACCUGAGGAGCACACUUAGACAUUGACCAACAUGAGUUAUGGGCCAUGGUGCUAAUAUAAAAGCCAGAUCAGUUUUUUUUGUGGGCAAGCCAUUUUCUUAACGGAUCUCAUUUUAAGUCUAUCCUAAAACUAUACUUACAUGCCGAUAUGUACAUUGAAAUGAUUAUUGGUCACUGUACUCCUCCCGUCUGCCAAUACUGGCCAUGACUGUGGAUUUGGUCCCCCACAAUCUAUAUGGUGUGAAGGGAUCUCUUUAUAGCCAGUAUGGACAGGAGGAAACAUUACAGCAACCAAUAAUCCUUUCAAUGCACAUAUGGACAAUUCAGUUUUGUUUUAAGAUAGACGUCAACAAAUGUGAUACUAUCCUUAAAAUACAUGUCAUUUUAGGUCCAGGUGCUAUGGUUGGCAUAGAAUAUAGUGAUACAUGUCCCUGUUUGCAGAUUUUCCAUUCAUAUUACAAUUGGCCUGAUUUCAAUGAUUUUUGUUGAAAUGUUUUAUCUUUAUAAAUAUGAAAAUCUGGAGUGUAACUGCAAAAACAAGGUCAUAAUUAGAUGAAUAUUUAAAUGUUUCAUUGUAUUUAAUUAGGAGCAAUUUGCAUUCCAUAUAAACAUGAGUUGGUUCCACUGUAUCCUUUUUUUAUGUCGAUAACAAUAUGUAUAUACAAAUGUUGGUGGAGUCUGUUGAAUUUAGUAAAAGUAUUGGAUGUAAAUGUUGCCAAGCAAUGGUAUAACUAACACUGUGGCCUUUGUAGCGUGACAACCUCUCAUGAAUCUGAGGAACAAUACCCCAGAGUUCCUGUGUGCAACAGAUAUGCUGAUAGAUGGCAAAUGUCAUCUGCCUCUGUUGUCAUGGAAAUUUAGUGAGCCUGUGAAUGACAUAACAAUGAGCACCUUUAGGCUGGAUGUAUGCUUUAGCUUUAAAUCCCGACUGCAGUCUACUAUUUCUGGCUCGUGCCUGCUUUUCACAUGCAAACUGAUUACAUGAGGCCUACAAAUUCAGAUAGAGGCUCAUUAACAUGUGGAUAGAGGCUGAAAGUAAGGUAGCACAAAUCCUUGUGAAUAUGGACUGCUGUACUGUAAUAGUGACAUGGGUAUGGUGAGGCAGGAGAUAGUGAAUUUACAUUGGAAAUCACUACUGGACACUGAUAAUGCUCUGAGAGUGGUAACAAAGUGCUGUUUUAUGGCCUCUGCUGUUUGUAUUAGUCUUUUACAAACAGCAGUCAUGCCGAAUAAGAAAGAAUAGUGUGGUUAAAGCAAAUAACGGCAAACACCAUUUUGCAGGUUGUCACUUACUGGGAUAUACACCACUCUUACAGACCUACUGCGCUUGUGUACUUAAUACUUUGAGGUAAAUACUGCAAUAGCUUUCUUACCAAGAGGAUAUGUGUACAUAAACACUCACAGACAGCACAGGAACAUGCUGUGAGACUUUUUUUAUCAAUACAUUUGUACUAUGUG